GAGUGGGGGCUUGGGGUACCCAGUGAGGUGAGCAAGGCCAUGACCAGAGGGCAUGGUCAGGAUCCUGCAUCACUCUAACCUGUUGUCUCCUCGUCUGUGAAGUAAAAACAGAACAAAUCCCUGGCACUGUCAGCUUUGCACUGUUGCCAGCCCCUGUGAGUCCACAAUGCCUGGAUGAUGCCGCCAUUGUAAUGCCAACAGGGAGAUUCUCUCCGUCACCAGCAGCCUCUGUGCUGAGCCCUGAAGGACACUGCCAUGUUCUACACAGAAGCACAGUGGUCUCAUCCUGCCUGCAGGACCUUUGCUCUGGCUGUCCCCUCCCUGAAACUCCCUCCCCUUGCUCCUCUUCAUCCCAGACUGAGAUGUUGACUCACCUUGCCAAUCUGCACCCCCAUCUGUUACUCCAAGCCACUCUCCUCAAGGACAGGGACUAGUUCUGGUGUGGACACCCAGAAUUCGAGCCCUGCAGCUGCCAUGACAAAUCACCACAGACUUGGCCUAAGACAGCACACAUCUCUCAGUUCACAGUUCUGGAAUUAGAAGUCUAAAAUGGGCCUCUGCGGGCUAAUGUCAAGGUGUGGCACGGCUGGUCCCUUCUAGGGGGCUCCAGGGGAGAACCCGUCUUUUGCUUUUCCAGUGUCUAGAGGCCGCCCACAUCCCUCAGCUCAGGCCCCUUCCUCCACCUUCAGAGCCAGCAGCGCAGUAUCUUCCAGUCUGUGCCUCUGACCCUCCUCUCGCCUUGGACCCCAUGAUGGCACUGGACCCCCUGGGUUAUCCAGGAUGAUCUGCCAUCUCCAUUAAGGUUUGGCUCAGAAGAAGGUGGCCCCAACAGAGGCCCUGUCAAUGACUGGACAGCCGGGCCCCGCCCAUGGGAAGAAGUUGGGUCAUCGAGGUGUGGAUGCAUCCGGUGAAACCACCUAUAAAAAGACCACCUCCUCCACCCUGAAGGGGGCCAUCCAGUUGGGCAUCGGCUACACCGUGGGCAACCUGAGCUCCAAGCCCGAGCGGGAUGUGCUCAUGCAGGACUUCUAUGUUGUGGAGAGCAUCUUCUUCCCCAGCGAAGGCAGCAAUCUCACCCCUGCCCACCAUUUCCAGGACUUCCGGUUCAAGACUUAUGCACCAGUCGCCUUCCGCUACUUCCGAGAACUGUUUGGAAUCCGACCAGAUGAUUACUUGUACUCCCUGUGCAAUGAGCCACUGAUCGAGCUCUCCAACCCAGGCGCCAGUGGUUCCCUCUUCUAUGUCACCAGCGAUGACGAGUUCAUCAUCAAAACUGUGAUGCACAAGGAAGCCGAGUUCUUGCAGAAGCUGCUCCCCGGCUACUACAUGAACCUCAACCAGAACCCGCGGACACUGCUGCCCAAGUUCUAUGGGCUAUACUGUGUGCAGUCAGGGGGCAAGAACAUCCGAGUGGUGGUGAUGAAUAAUGUCUUACCACGUGUGGUCAAGAUGCACCUCAAGUUCGACCUCAAGGGCUCUACAUACAAGCGGCGGGCAAGCAAGAAGGAGAAAGAGAAGAGCAUCCCUACCUACAAGGACCUGGACUUCAUGCAGGACAUGCCCGAGGGGCUCCUGCUUGAUGCCGAUACCUUCAGUGCCCUGGUCAAGACACUGCAGCGGGACUGUCUGGUGCUGGAGAGCUUCAAGAUCAUGGACUACAGCCUACUUCUGGGGGUGCACAACAUUGACCAGCAUGAGCGUGAGCGGCAGGCCCAGGGCUCCCAGAGCACUGCGGAUGAGAAGCGUCCUGUGGGCCAGAAGGCACUGUACUCUACAGCCAUGGAGUCCAUCCAGGGCGGGGCUGCACGUGGGGAGGCCAUCGAAUCAGACGACACGAUGGGCGGGAUUCCCGCUGUGAAUGGCCGAGGGGAGCACCUGCUGCUGCAUAUCGGCAUCAUCGACAUCCUGCAGUCCUACAGGUUUAUCAAGAAGCUGGAACACACCUGGAAGGCUCUUGUCCACGAUGGAGACACCGUCUCCGUCCACCGCCCCAGCUUCUAUGCUGAGCGCUUUUUCAAGUUCAUGAGCAACACGGUGUUUCGGAAGAACUCCUCCCUGAAAUCAUCCCCAUCCAAGAAGGGACGUGGGGCCUUGCUAGCUGUCAAGCCCCUGGGGCCCACGGCUGCCUUCUCUGCCAGCCAGAUCCCCAGUGAACGGGAAGAUGCUCAGUAUGACCUGCGGGGGGCACGAAGCUACCCCACACUGGAGGAUGAAGGCCGGCCCGACCUCCUGCCCUGCACACCACCUUCUUUUGAAGAAGCCACUACAGCCUCCAUUGCCACAACCCUGUCGUCCACCUCCCUCUCCAUCCCUGAGCGUUCCCCCUCGGAGACAUCGGAGCAGCCACGGUACAGGCGGCGUACACAGUCCUCUGGACAGGAUGGCAGGCCCCAGGAGGAGCCCCACGCAGAAGAAGACCUGCAGCAGAUAACAGUGCAGGUGGAGCCCACAUGCAGCGUUGAGAUUGUGGUCCCCAAGGAGGAGGAUGCAGGGGUGGUAGCAUCCUUGGCUGGUGCCUCCGCAGCUGUUGAAGCAGAAACUACCAGUCAGGCCUCAGAACCUGCCAGCCAGGCCUCGGAUGAGGAGGACGCACCUGCCACUGACAUCUACUUUUUCACGGAUGGGAGGUACUGGAUUUACUCUCCCCGCCAUCGCCGCCUGCGGGCCGUGACGCUGAGCUCCUCGGGGACUGUAAGUGACCGCAGCAGCCUCCAGGGAGGCCAGGCCGCCCGGCCACCCCGGGGAGAAGGGCAUCGCCCACCCGGGGCAGCAGGGAGCUGCAGGUCCCUGACCCAAAACACUAUGCCCAGCAUUUCCUGUCCUCAAAAGGACUCUGGGGACAUAGCUAUGUUUGUCCAGUGGGUACUGGGCUAUGUGUGUCAUGGGAGCAUGUCACUCAGUCCCAGGUUGAAGUGGGCACUUGAUGUGGGGGCACCAUUAGCAGCACACAGCAGAGGCUCAGGGAAUCUCAGGGCUUCCUCAGCCCAGCCCUGCCAUGUUAGGGCACAUGGGUGGACGCUUCCCACUGGUCUGGACCCAGCUGCACCUGGCCACCAAGGGGCAUCAGCCCCACUGCCCAGGAAGGGUCACACAAGUCAGCAGAACAGUUGCAGGGUCCACUGAGGCAGGGAGGGACAGGUAUCACGGCACCCAUUUCACAGAUGGAGGAGCCAAGGCCUCAGCUACCCUGGGAGGCUGAAGAGCACAUGUUGAACAAAAUCCAGUCCCCUCACACUUAGGCAUUUCCCUUGGAGUACCCUGUGGUUCCCAUGUAGGCUUGGGGUUAAUCAAGGCCUGUCGUCAUCAGGAAUAUCAAGGGCCCAGAGAGGCUGGGGAACUACCCAGAGCUGCGCAUCCAGAACAGGCACAGGCCUGAGUGGGGGCUUCUGUUCACACAAAACCCCCCUCCAAAGCUACCCCUUAACCCCGGCCUCAUGCACAAACCUCUCUGAGCAUCACUGUGUGCUGCCCCUAAGAGGAGGCCACUUCCCCAGUCCUCUCCACGUGGCUCAUACAGCAGAAAAUCCACCAUCUAUAGCAGUGGUUCUUAACCUGUGGGUCACGACCCCUUUGGGGGUCAAAUGACCCUUUCACAGGGGUCACCUAAAUAUAUCCUGCAUAUCAAAUAUUGAUUCACGAUUCAUAACAGUAGCAAAAUUACAGUUAUGAAGUAGCAAUGAAAAUUUUAUGGUUGGGGGUCACCACAACAUGAAGAACUGUAUUAAAGGGUUGUGGCAUUAAGAAGGUUGAGAACCAUUGAUCUUUAGCAUCUAGGAGGGAGCCACACGCCAGAGAUAGUCUCAGAGCAAAUCCGGGAGCUGCCCAGGGCUCUGCUGGGAGUGAGAGUGGCCAGAGGAGCCCAGCCAGCUGUUGAGCCAUCAGUCCAUAGCGGAAUAGGGUGCAUAGGCUACCUAGAGAGGGGACUGCCUUGGACUCUGAGAAACCUGUGAUUUAGAAAGAAAAAGGUGGGGCACAGAUGGCUAGGGGCACAGCAGAGGCAAAAGCAUGGGGCCCAGAUGGGGAGGAGCAGCUCAGAAGAAGGCUAGACAGGCCAUUGUACCCACCCUAAGGUCUGAAUGUGGGAGGGCCUUGGUCCUGUGGGGUCACCCCAGCCCUGGAUCCCGGCUGCCACUGUCUCCCCAACCUGUCCAAUUGGUGGCUGAUGGGCCCUCUCUGUCCCUGUUCGUCGAGGACAGGGAAGCUGCUAUUCAUUCUUCCUAAUGCAAUAGCAAGAGUUUAUCUGCUGUUCCUGCCAGGACGAGUACCACAUAGUGCUGAGUGCCCAGCCGGGACAGCCCUCCAGAGGGUGGUAAUGAAGUGGCCUAUAGGGCCAUUUGUUGGUGUCUCUGCCAGGGUCCAGAUGGGAACCUGUUUUGUUUUGUUUUUUGAAACAGACUCUCGGUCACCUCGGUAGAGUGCUGUGGCAUUAUUGUAGCUCACAGCAACAUUGAACUCAGGCUCAAGCAAUCCUCUUGCCUCUGCCUCCCACGUAGCUGGGGCUUCAGGUGCCCACCACACUACCACAACAUUUUGCUAGUUUUUUUAUUUUUAGUAGAGACAGGGUCUCACUCUUGCUCAGGUUGGUCUUUUUUUUUUUUUUUUUUUUGCAGUUUUUGGCCAGGGCUGGGUUUGAACCCGCCACCUCCGGCAUAUGGGGCCAGCGCCCUACUCCUUUGAGCCACAGGCAUCGCCAGCUCAGGUUGGUCUUAAACUCCUAAGCUCAAGCACCAACCUCAGCCUCCCAGAGUGCUGGGAUUGCAGAUGUGAGCCACUGUGUUUGGCUUGUUUUUGGGUCCCAUAUUUGUGAGUGCCCACAGAGGCAUUGGUGCAGCUCAAGGUCCCUGUGGAGCUCCACACAGGCACCAUACUACAGGAGGUGGCUCAAACCCUUGUUCUUACUGAGGGAGUAAACGAGGCCUGCAUUUGGGGUCAUAGUGCUUUGGUCCGGGAGCUGGUCCUUGAGUAUAGGAUCAGCUCCACAGUGCCCCAGGGGGGCUUGCACCAGCAACAGAGAUCUGGAUGGAAGAUGUAGGCACAGCAGUGAGGGGUCUGCUGGGCAGAGGGAGUCAAUAGGCACCUGAGACAAGUAAGAGCAGCGAGCCAAGGGCCAGGUUAGAGCAGGGGGGGCUGGAGCUUUUCAAGGCUGUGAAGACCUCAGCCCAGGUGACAGAGGGCAGCCUGGGGACAGGGGCAGAUGGGCAGGUCCUGGCAGUGGGUGGGACCACAGUGGAGGAGGAGGCAGCUGGGCCACCAGUGAACAACACUAUCCUGACUGGACAGAGGAAGGACAGACUGGCUUGUGGCUGUGACACCCUAGUGGAUGUGGCCUAGGAGGUGCAUGUUGAGGCCUGGCACUCAGAGCAGAGGCUGCCUGUCCCCAGAAAGGCAGCACUGGGGAGGCCCCAGGGGAGGGAAGGAGGCAGGGAGAACAUAUUCACCUGAGCAGAAUGAGGAAGCUACCAGGGGCCAGGGAAGCAGGAGGAUGGGAGCAGACCUGGGAGGGCGAGGCUGAGGCCAGAGGAGCACAUCUCCCUCACCAGCUAAUCCAGUCCAGGAUCCCUGACCUGCCAUGGCUGGGAAAAGUACCAUUGGCCUGAACCCAGCCCCACUCUGCGCCCCAGCCUGUGCCCCAUCCCUUGAGCUCUGGAGAGGGCAUGCAGGAAGGCCCAAGCCUCAGUCUGUCCCAAGCAAAUCUGUACAGGCAGAGGAGCCUGGGCCACACUCAUGGAGGAUGGGCCACCAGGUGCCACCAGCUGAGUGGUCAAGUCCUGAGAAGCUUCUGGGUGGUUGAAAAAAUAAGUUGGGCAACCCAACCACUGCGGGCCCCAAGACCCCACACACAGUGCCCUUGUCACAGAUAGGGUGGGGCUGGAUGGAGCCAGGCUGUGGUGGAGGAGGAUAUGGAGGUCCAGGUUGCACCCCUGCCCCUUUCUCUCCCCCCAUCUGUCACCUGCUGUCUCUGGUCCUGCCUUGACUGCACUAGCUGUUUCCUGCUGCUGCCCCACCCACCCUGCUGAGCUGAGGGCUAUCCAGGUUGGGGGCAGGUGUGCCUGGUCAGAGAGGGCAGCUGGGGCUGAGCUGCCCCCUGUCCACCUUUGGGGGACCCGCCUCUUUUAUUUUCUCCUGUCUCUUCCUUCCUGCCUGUCCUCUGUCUCGCACCUCCUCGCACCUUGCUCUUCUACGCCCUUCCUGCACGCGCCACC